GCACCCAGAGGAAUUGAUAAAAGGGGGACACCCAAGAGGGGUCACCGUUUACCCUCCCUGAGCCACAGAGCACCUGCAGCAGCCUCAGACACUCGAGACCCACCCAGGUCUGUCUUGUUGGCCUUAGAGAAGACCAGGCCCAAAGGAAUCAAAAUGGGGAAGGCGGACAAGUACGAGAUGUACUCGGUGGAAAUGGAGAAACAUCCUGGUGGGGAAAUGGAUGUCAAGAUCAAGAAGAAGAAGAAAGGGGAAAAGAAGAAAGAGAAGUUGGAGAGUAUGAAGAAAGAGAUGGAUGUGGACGAUCACCAGUUGUCCAUAGAAGACCUGGAGCUCAAGCAUCGGACCAGUGUCACCAAGGGCCUGAGCAGCACUGUGGCAGGAGAGAUCCUUCUUCGUGAUGGCCCCAAUGAGCUGAAGCCCCCCAAGGGCACUCCUGAGUAUGUGAAGUUUGCCCGCCAGCUGGCCGGGGGGCUGCAGUGUCUCAUGUGGGUGGCAGCAGCCAUCUGCCUCAUUGCCUUUGGCAUCCAGCUCGGGCAAGGUGACCUCACCAGUGCAGACAACCUAUACUUGGCUAUUGCUCUCAUUGCUGUCGUGGUCGUGACCGGCUGCUUCGGCUACUACCAGGAAUUCAAAAGCACCAACAUCAUUGCGAGCUUCAAGAAUCUAGUGCCGCAGCAAGCCACAGUGAUUCGAGAUGGUGACAAGUUCCAGAUCAACGCCAAUCAGCUGGUGGUGGGCGACCUGGUGGAGAUCAAAGGGGGAGACCGAGUCCCAGCAGACAUCAGGAUUAUCACCUCGCAAGGCUGCAAGGUGGAUAAUUCCUCUCUGACUGGGGAAUCAGAGCCUCAGACAAGAGCCCCCGAAUGCACCCACGAGAGCCCCCUGGAAACUAGAAACAUUGCCUUCUUCUCUACCAUGUGCUUAGAAGGCACAGCCACGGGUAUCAUCAUUAACACUGGGGACCGUACCAUCAUUGGGCGCAUUGCCAGCCUGGCUUCGGGCGUGGAGAAUGAGAAGACGCCCAUCGCCAUCGAGAUAGAGCACUUUGUCGACAUCAUUGCCGGCUUGGCCAUCUUCUUUGGGGCCACCUUCUUUGUGGUCGCCAUGGUGAUUGGAUACCCCUUUCUUAAGGCCAUGGUCUUCUUCAUGGCCAUUGUGGUGGCAUACGUCCCCGAGGGCCUUCUGGCAACUGUCACUGUUUGUCUAUCCCUCACAGCCAAACGCCUGGCCCGGAAGAACUGUGUGGUGAAGAACUUGGAGGCCGUCGAGACGCUGGGCUCAACUUCUGUCAUCUGCUCUGAUAAAACAGGGACUCUCACUCAGAACCGCAUGACUGUCUCCCACCUUUGGUUUGACAACCAGAUCCAUACAGCGGACACCACAGAAGAUCAGUCAGGGCAAAGUUUUGAUCAGUCCUCUGAGACGUGGAGAGCUCUCUGCAAAGUGGUGAGCCUUUGCAACCGCGCCUUUUUCAAAUCAGGCCAGGAUAGCGUCCCUGUCCCAAAGCGGAUUGUCAUCGGAGACGCCUCAGAGACAGCCUUGCUGAAGUUCUCCGAGAUCACCCUGGGCAACGUGAUGGAGUACCGGGACCGCUACAAGAAAGCCUGUGAGAUCCCCUUCAACUCUACCAACAAGUUCCAGCUCUCCAUCCAUGAGCUCGAGGACCCUCGAGACCAGCGCUACCUGAUGGUGAUGAAAGGAGCUCCUGAGCGCAUCCUGGAACGGUGCUCCACCAUCAUGAUCAAGGGUCAAGAGCUGCCCCUCGACGAACAGUGGAAGGAGGCUUUCCAAACAGCUUACAUGGACCUUGGCGGGCUGGGCGAGCGUGUACUGGGCUUCUGCCACCUGUACCUUCCCCAGAGCGAGUUCCCACGCGGCUACAACUUUGACAGCGACGAGAUGAACUUCCCCACCAGUGGGCUCUGCUUUGCAGGCCUCAUCUCCAUGAUUGAUCCACCCAGAGCCACCGUGCCUGACGCCGUCAUGAAAUGCCGCACUGCUGGCAUCCGGGUGAUCAUGGUGACAGGAGACCAUCCCAUCACCGCAAAGGCCAUUGCUGCCAGUGUGGGCAUCAUCUCUGAGGGCAGCGAAACGGUCGAAGAUAUCGCCACCCGCCUGCGCAUUCCCGUGGAGCAGGUCAACAAGCGGGACGCCCGAGCCUGUGUGGUCAACGGGGGCCAGCUGAAAGACAUGGAGACCGAGGAGUUGGUGGAGAUCCUCAAAAUGCACCCAGAGAUGGUCUUUGCUCGCACCUCCCCACAACAGAAGCUUAUCAUUGUGGAAAGCUGUCAAAAAUUGGGUGCUAUUGUGGCAGUAACAGGAGAUGGGGUGAAUGAUUCCCCAGCGCUGAAGAAAGCUGACAUUGGUGUGGCAAUGGGCAUUGCUGGAUCCGACGCAGCCAAGAACGCUGCUGACAUGAUCCUGCUGGAUGACAAUUUCGCCUCCAUCGUCACUGGCGUCGAGCAAGGGCGCCUGAUCUUUGACAAUCUCAAGAAAUCCAUUGCAUACACCCUGACCAAGAACAUCCCAGAGCUGACGCCCUAUCUGAUCUACAUCACUGUCAGUGUCCCACUCCCUCUGGGUUGUAUCACCAUCCUGUUCAUCGAGCUGUGCACAGACAUUUUCCCCUCAGUUUCCCUGGCCUAUGAAAGGGCUGAGAGCGACAUCAUGCACCUGAAACCACGCAACCCUCGACGGGACCGUCUGGUCAAUGAAGCGCUAGCGGUCUAUUCCUACUUCCAGAUCGGAGCCAUCCAGUCCUUUGCCGGCUUCACCGACUACUUCACCGCCAUGGCCCAGGAAGGCUGGUACCCGCUGAAGUGUGUGGGUCUUCGGGCAGCCUGGGAGAAUGACCAUAUCCAAGAUGUUCAGGAUAGCUACGGACAAGAGUGGACUUUUGGGCAGCGCCUGUACCAGGAGUACACCUGCUACACCGUCUUCUUCAUCAGCAUUGAGAUGUGCCAGAUCGCCGAUGUGCUCAUCCGCAAAACGCGACGCCUUUCUGUCUUCCAGCAGGGAUUCUUCCGGAACAAAGUCUUGGUGAUCGCCAUCGUGUUCCAGCUCUGCCUGGGCUGCUUCCUCUGCUACUGCCCUGGGAUGCCCAACAUCUUCAACUUUAUGCCUAUAAGAUUCCAGUGGUGGCUGGUGCCGCUACCCUAUGGCCUUCUCAUCUUUGUCUAUGAUGAAAUCCGAAAGCUGGGAGUCCGGAGACACCCUGGGAGUUGGUGGGACAAAGAACUCUACUACUAA